GCAGGCUGCGCGAGGCUCGGAGGCGGCCCUGAGCUGCCGGGCGGGCGCGGCGCUCCGGGGGGCGAGGAAGGCGGCCCGGGGAGCCGGAGCGGGGCCGAGGCGCUGAGACGCGGCGGCGAGGCUGCCGGCUGGAUGGGAAGUUAAUGUUUACGGCGGAGUCCACCCAACGUUUCCAAGAACGCUAGCCUUACGGUCUCUGAGAACUUUGUGUCAAGAAAACUUAGAAAACUUAUUGAAGAAUAAUAAACAGAAAAAGUGCACAAUCCAGAGUGCAGUUGAAUAUCAAGUUUUUCAUGGGCUCAGAAUUUCCAGAACUUUGAAGAAUGAAGAGAAAUAACAAUGUAUACAGUGGUCUGGAACUGAACCCACAAUAUCUCUGAGGUGGCGACAGACAAGGUAGCAGAAAAGCUGAGUUCUACUCUCUCAUGGGUGAAGAACACAGUAUCACAUACAGUCAGUCAGAUGGCCAGUCAGGUGGCAAGUCCAUCUGCUUCAUUACACACUACAUCCUCAUCUACCACACUAUCCACGCCAGCCCUUUCUCCAUCUUCCCCUUCACAGUUGAGUCCAGACGACUUAGAACUCCUGGCUAAACUGGAGGAACAAAACAGAUUGUUAGAGACGGAUAGUAAGUCUUUAAGAUCUGUAAAUGGGUCAAGAAGAAACAGUGGCUCCUCCCUUGUAUCAAGUUCAUCAGCCUCUAGCAACCUCAGCCACCUUGAAGAAGAUUCUUGGAUUCUUUGGGGAAGAAUUGUAAAUGAAUGGGAAGAUGUACGCAAAAAAAAGGAAAAGCAAGUUAAGGAGCUUGUUCGUAAAGGGAUACCCCACCACUUUAGAGCAAUAGUUUGGCAACUUUUAUGUAGCGCACAAAGUAUGCCAAUUAAGGAUCAGUAUUCAGAACUCCUGAAAAUGACCUCACCGUGUGAAAAAUUGAUCCGAAGGGACAUUGCUAGAACUUAUCCUGAACACAAUUUUUUUAAGGAAAAAGAUAGCCUUGGACAGGAGGUUUUAUUUAAUGUAAUGAAGGCAUAUUCUUUAGUGGAUCGUGAGGUUGGUUACUGUCAAGGAAGUGCUUUUAUAGUUGGAUUGUUGCUUAUGCAGAUGCCAGAAGAAGAAGCUUUCUGUGUAUUUGUUAAAUUAAUGCAAGAUUAUAGACUUCGUGAACUUUUUAAACCAAGUAUGGCAGAAUUGGGCCUUUGUAUGUACCAGUUUGAAUGCAUGAUACAGGAGCAUCUUCCAGAGCUCUUUGUACAUUUUCAGUCUCAGAGUUUUCAUACCUCAAUGUAUGCAUCAUCUUGGUUUCUGACUAUCUUUCUUACGACUUUUCCAUUACCAAUUGCAACAAGAAUAUUUGAUAUCUUUAUGUCUGAGGGUUUAGAAAUAGUGUUUCGAGUAGGAUUAGCACUUCUUCAAAUGAAUCAGGCAGAACUGAUGCAACUUGACAUGGAAGGGAUGUUACAGCACUUUCAGAAGGUCAUUCCACAUCAGUUUGAUGGUGGACCAGACAAAUUAAUCCAGGCAGCUUACCAAGUCAAAUAUAACUCAAAAAAAAUGAAAAAGCUUGAAAAGGAAUACACUACAAUAAAAACUAAAGAAAUGGAAGAACAAGUUGAAAUUAAAAGGUUACGCACAGAAAAUAGACUUUUAAAACAGCGCAUUGAAACAUUAGAAAAAGAAAGUGCUUCCUUGGCAGAUAGAUUGAUACAGGGACAAGUGACAAGAGCCCAGGAGGCUGAGGAAAACUACCUCAUAAAACGGGAGUUGGCCACCAUCAAACAGCAGAGUGAUGAGGCCAGUGCUAAACUGGAGCAAGCUGAAAAUACCAUCAGGAAGCUCCAGCACCAACAACAAUGGCAUAAAUGCAAUUCCAACUACAAUGAAGAUUUUGUGCUGCAACUAGAGAAGGAAUUGGUCCAAGCCCGUCUGAGUGAAGCUGAGUCUCAGUGUGCACUAAAGGAGAUGCAGGAUAAAGUCCUGGAUAUAGAGAAGAGAAACAACUCUUUUCCUGAUGAGAAUAACAUUGCAAGGCUUCAGGAGGAGCUCAUUGCUGUGAAACUGAGAGAAGCAGAAGCUAUUAUGGGAUUGAAAGAGCUGAGACAACAGGUCAAGGAUUUAGAGGAACACUGGCAGCGCCACUUAGCUCGUACUACUGGGAGGUGGAAAGACCCACCUAAGAAAAAUGCUGUAAAUGAGUUACAGGAUGAACUGAUGACCAUUCGACUUAGAGAAGCUGAAACUCAGGCAGAAAUAAGAGAAAUUAAACAAAGGAUGAUGGAAAUGGAAACACAGAAUCAGAUCAAUAGUAACCAUCUUCGAAGAGCAGAACAAGAGGUGAUCAGUCUACACGAGAAGGUGCAAUAUCUUUCAGCACAGAACAAAGGACUGCUUACUCAAUUAAGUGAAGCAAAACGCAAACAAGCAGAGAUUGAAUGCAAGAACAAAGAAGAAGUGAUGGCUGUGAGACUCCGGGAAGCAGAUAGCAUUGCUGCUGUGGCUGAAUUACAGCAGCACAUUGCUGAGCUGGAAAUCCAGAAAGAAGAAGGAAAGCUUCAAGGACAGCUUAACAAGUCUGAUUCUAACCAGUAUAUUAGGGAACUGAAAGAUCAGAUAGCAGAGCUGAAUCAUGAGCUCAGGUGCCUAAAAGGCCAGAGGGUCUUCUCAGGCCAGCCUUCUUUUGAUGGAAUCCACAUUGUCAACCAUUUAAUAGGAGAUGAUGAAUCAUUCCAUUCCUCUGAUGAAGAUUUUAUGGAUAAUUCCUUACGGGAAGGUGGCAUUGGUUUUCCUUUGCACAGAAAAUCUGGCCCAAUGUCUUUGGACCCCGCUGUGGCAGAUGGUAUUGAAAGCGAAACAGAAGACAGUGUGUUGGAGACCAGAGACAGCAAUCAAGUGACUCGAAAGGAGCAGCCCCCAAGAAGAGAAUCGUACUCAACCACUGUCUGACCAUCACUGUGACCUAGACUGUGGGGUUUUUUAAGGGAUCAGUUAUCAUAUGAUUAAGGGUUUGGGGAACAUAUCUGUUUCAUAUGUACAUACUUAAAUACCUAUAUAUAUAUAUAUAUAUGUGUGUGUGUGUGUGUAUAUAUAUAUAUAUAUACACACACACAUAUAUAUAUAUUUUACAGUCUUAUCUGCCUUUUUAUCUUUGCCAAAUCUUCACCACUGACUUACCAUUGCCAUAAAGUAGACUGGAAUAUGGUUAAUGGGAAAAAUAAGGUUCUAACAGUAUUACUGAAUAUUAAUGUUUCUUGUUUAGAAAAUGCAAUUUAUCUAUAUGUGAGAAGUAUUUUGAAGUUCAGAACUAUGGAAAAUUGAAUUUUCUUCAGAUAAAACUGCUCUAGUGCAAUAUUUCAUGGUCAUUCAACAAAUUACAUAUUUCUGUUUAUCAAUUUGUUUUCAGGGCAGCUUUCUACAAACAUUUGACCAAUAUAAACAUUUAAUUAAUCUUGUGUUUUUGUGUUGGGGGAGUUUUUUGGAUUGUUUUUUUUUUUUUUUGUUUGUUGUUUUGUUGUUUUCAGUUAAAAUUACUGCUUUGGUAAUGAGCCACUGAAAGCUCCCAAACACAAAGCCUUUUUUCCAUAUAAUUUUGCAAACACAAAUUAAUGGUCAUUUGUCUUGAGGGUUUUAAGUUUUGUUUUAAUUUCUAAUUUUUAUGUACAUAUGAUGCUUCUAUGUGUUGCCUACUGGUCAGAAUAGUAGGUUAACUAAAAAUAAAUUGGGUUUUUGUACAUAUUUAUAAGUCUACAUCACCCACAUUGAACAUCAUUUUAUAUGAAGAAUGUACAUGUUGCAAAAUGACUGCCUUCAGCAUUCCAACAGGACUUCUGUAAAUAAUAGGUUAAAAGAAAAUUGAAAAUAAAACCAAACACUAAUAUUUUAAUAGCUUUAGUAUUUUGCUUAGCAUUCAACACUAGCAGAUUCAUAAGUGAACUAAUGCUUGUUCAGAAACACUAUUGGUGACAUAUUUUACUUCAUGUGUAUAUAACUAAUAAAUUUUUCAUGAUUAAAGAGGUUAUAGCACGUAUUACUUAGUGCUAAUAUCUACUUAAUAUAAUUUAAACAAUGGACUGAGGUCCAAGAUACACAAAAAUUUUAUCUGCAAAUAAUCUAUGAACAUUAUCUUCAGAUUCUCUAGUUACUAAUCCAUAGAUAAAGCCAUAAGAAUUUUUUCCUACCAAUUCUUCCUUUUUAUCUAGACUUUUUUUCAUGGAAAUUUGAGUGACUGUCAAUGGUAAAUUGGUGGAAACACCAAAUUACACUUAGAUUACUUAAAGAUAACAAGAAUGUGUUGACUGGAUGCUUUCCACUUCCAUUUUCAUCAGCAGCCUAUGAAAAAAAAAUAGCCUUCAAGGAUAAGAGGAAAGUAGAAUUCAGUAUAUAUAUGGAGAUACAACUUUGCACAGUAUGUUGCAUGCAGAAAAAAAAAUUUGUAUGACAGGAUGGAGUAGAAGAGAAAGAAUCAUUUUUGUGUCUAAAGCCAGGAGUUAAGCUUUAUGGUAUAUUUAUGGAUUAGGCUUUUCCAGCAAGCACUUUGUAGCUAUUUGCUUGGGAAACAAUAUUGAAAAUAAUGCCUGUUGUGUCCAUAUCACCAGGUUAAAUUCUAGUGGUUAAGUAAUUUACCUGUGGUUACAAGUUAGUAAGUAGCAGAAGCCAAAAUUUUCAUCAAGAUCUCUCUGACACCAAGCUGAAAAGGUUCAGCUAAUGAAUUUCUCAAUUCUCUGCUUUUCUGGCGAUUAAUGUGAUUUCAUUGGUUUCCUGAAUAUAUAUAGAUCUAUAUGUAUAGAUGUAUCAACACUCAUAAACUCUGCAGAGCUCUACUAGAAUCAUCUACUAGAAUUGCCUGUCUGGUGCUAUUGGGAUUCUCUUUUGGAGUUCAUUACUGUCAGCCUAGGGGCUGUUGAUGCCCAGGUAAAAUGAGGUGAGUCAUGGCCACAUGAUUGCUUUGACCCCCACAAUAAGAAAUCUAAAUGAUCUAGACUAAGGGUCAGCAAAUACAGGACAUGAGGCUAUUCCAACCAGCUUCCUGUUUUUACAUGACUCACAAGCUUAGAGCUUUUUAAUUUUUAAAUACUUGGGAGAAAAAAAAUCAAAAGAACAAUAUUUUAUGUCACAUGAAAAUCAUACGAAAUUCAGUAUUGAUAAAAUUUUAUUGGAGCUUACCCAUGCUUGUCCAUUUACAUCUUAUCUGUGGCUGCUUCUCUGCUACCAUGGCAAAGUUGAGUAGUUACAACAGGUACUGAAUGGUACAAACAGUCCAAAAUGUAGGUUUACAUCUUAAGUUUGUCUCAGUAGAAGCUCAAGCUACCUGUUUCUGCUGUAGAACUAAUGGUUUGGAAGCCUAAAAUUUCCUAGUGGAUCUUAAACUCAUAACUAUUCAAAAUGGAAAAUGUUCCAGCUGUUUUAUAUCAUGAAGUCUUUGAUGCCAAAGACAAAUUUGGAAGGACAUCUGUACCUUUGGAAAUGGACAAAGGGAAGAAUUCCAGAAUCCCAGCACUGUUCUUGCAAGCAGGCAUACCUUUAGUGUAUGCUUCAAUGAGCCAGUGUUAUAAUUUGACUUUAAAAUAACAUCUUUCUAGAAUCAUGUUUGAAUUCUAAAUUUGAAAGAUAAUUCUUAGAGAAUUUCCUACAUACUGUUUUCCGGUUAGGAAUUAGGUGUUAACAAGAAUCGUAGUAAGUAAAUCCAUUGAUCUUGUAAUUUGGACAAAGAAAAACUAGAAACAACAGUCGUCUCAUUUAAGAGCUUUGAUUCAAAUACUCCUUAGAAGCGUUUAGAGUCUUCCUGGUUUUUAGGAUGCAACAGGAUACUAUGCCCUGAUUUAAUAUUAAGACUUUUGAGGUAUCAGAAAACGUUCUCUUGAUAGAUUUUAUUUAAUCCCUGGUACUCUGUGUCAUUUAAAUGUUACUCAGUUAAACACUUAGAGCUGAAGAAUAUUCAGGGAGGAAAAGUGAAUAAAAUAAAUAGCACACAAAGUACUCUCUCAGGGUAGUUACCUUCCUGGUGUUGUUGCCAUCUAGGUUGAAACACUAAGUAGGAUCUGAAUGAAAUGGAAAUUGCAUGGGGUGAUGAAACAGAACUUUUAGAUCAAGCAAAUAUUUCAGCAGCCUUUUAAAAAUCAGUGGUAAAUAUUUUCUUCCUGUAAAAAGCAGUCAAAGAUCUAACAUUACACAAUUUUUACCCUUUCUAUUGAUAGAUAUUAAGUAUUCAAUGUUCGAUGACUAUUGGGACAUCAAGUCUCACCUGGCACGCUAGUUUGGAAAAAAAAAAAAACUUAGCUCUGAGCAUGAUACAGCUUGUUACUCUCCAGAUAGUGCCUUUGAAAACAAGGUCUAGACCUUUUUAAGUAUUUUAUUUCUAUCAUCAUAAGAAAUGAAUUGGUUCCAUCUUCUGCUUUACCUUUUACAUAACACACUAUCAUUUUCAGAUUUAAAGUAAAAUAAGUAUAUGAAUUGUGUUUCAGUAAAGCCCUUUCACGGCCAACUUAAUCAUUGUGUAGUACCAUGUGUAAGGUACAUUUUAUUAAAUCAGUGAUUUACUUUAUUAAGACAGUGUGCUUUAGCCUGAAAGUUAUUGCUGCUCUAUCAUUAACAAAACAGUUUUUAAAACUAAUGAAUUUUAAUUUAAUUAAUUGUCCUGGAAUUAAAGUUCCUGGUUAAAAGUAGAGUGGAUGCUCUUUAUAAUCCAACUUUUUACAUCCCAUCCAUUGAUCGACCUAUCCUUUCUUUUCACUCCAAAGAAAAGAUGAUAGGAUAAUACAUUAGAUAUACUAUAGAGAUGCAAAAUUAUGCUUUUCAUUUUACUGUUGGAGUUUCUUAUUGUAACAUUGUAUGAUAACCUGAAAUGUUUACUUGUGCCUUUACUUUAAACAAUUAUUAAAGUUUUUCAUUUUAUAAGAAUUUCUGUUUCCUUAAACUAUUCAACUUAAAAGGGGAGAGGCAGGACACCUGGGUGGCUCAGUAGUUAAGCAUCUGCCUUCGGCCCAGGGCGUGAUCCCUGAGUCCUGGGAUCGAGUCCCACAGUAGGCUUCCUGCAUGGAGCCUGCUUCUCCUCCCUCUUCCUGUGUCUCUGCCUCUCUCUGUUUCUCUCAUGAAAAAAUAAAUAAAAUAUUUUUUAAAAAAUUA